ACCGGACGGCGGGACACGCUUCGUAUUGUAGGCUCCGUGCCUCCGUAUUUAUUUUAAAUCUUAAUAUUUUGAAUAAAAAAUACGCUCGAAUAUUAUUCAUUUGAGUUUUCCUCCAAAUUAAAUUGUAAAUUAGUCAAGAAACAAUACCAAUAUGAGUACCAUAUUAGAAAAAAUUGCUGGGAUAGAGUCUGAGAUGGCUAGAACCCAGAAAAAUAAAGCCACAGCUCUUCAUUUAGGUAUUUUAAAAGCUAGAUUAGCUAAGCUUAGACGUGAAUUGAUCACCCCAAAAGGUGGCGCUAGUGCAACUGGAGAGGGUUUUGAUGUUGCCAAAACUGGUGAUGCUCGUAUAGGCUUUGUGGGUUUUCCGUCAGUGGGAAAAUCAACAUUAUUGUCCAACUUGGCUGGUGUGUAUUCUGAAGUAGCAGCAUAUGAGUUCACCACCUUAACAACAGUUCCUGGUUGUAUUAAAUAUAAAGGGGCAAAAAUACAGCUUCUUGACUUGCCUGGUAUUAUUGAAGGUGCUAAGGAUGGUAAAGGUCGUGGUCGGCAAGUAAUUGCUGUUGCCCGUACAUGCAGUCUCGUAUUUAUUGUACUAGAUGUAUUGAAACCACUACAACACAAAAAGCUGUUAGAACAUGAGUUAGAAGGUUUUGGGCUGCGGUUAAACAAGCAACCACCUAAUAUAUACUUUAGAAAGAAAGAUAAAGGUGGCAUCAAUUUGAAUACUACUUGCCCUCAAACUGAGUUGGAUGCGGAAGCUGUAAAGACGAUACUCUCUGAAUAUAAAAUACAUAAUGCUGAUAUUACGCUAAGGUUCGAUGCGACAAGUGAUGAUCUUAUUGAUGUUAUUGAAGGAAAUAGAAUUUAUGUGCCCUGUAUCUACUUGUUGAAUAAAAUUGAUCAGAUCAGUAUAGAGGAAUUGGAUGUUAUCUACAAGAUACCCCAUUGUGUACCUAUUUCCGCUCAUCACAGAUGGAACUUUGAUGAUUUAUUGGAGAAAAUGUGGGAAUAUUUGAAACUGAUUAGGAUAUAUACAAAACCAAAGGGCCAGUUGCCGGAUUACAACUCACCUGUGGUGUUGCAUGCUGAUAGAACAAGUGUUGAAGAUUUUUGUAAUAAGCUGCAUAGGUCUAUUGUGAAAGAGUUUAAAUAUGCCCUGGUAUGGGGUUCUUCGGUGAAGCAUCAGCCGCAGAAAGUUGGUAUUGAACAUGUGUUAGCUGAUGAAGAUGUUGUCCAAAUUGUGAAGAAAGUGUAAUUACAGAUGAUGGUGCUAACACUGAUGUAUGCCAGUGUUUCAAAAACUAAUUCCCUUCGUACAUAAAAGUUAAUCAGUUCAAUCUGUACUGUGUAAGUACUCUUGUCUCUUUCUAUCAAAUUGUCUUAACGCUGUGACAAAAAGAGACAGAUGAAUACAUAUGGGAAUACUUUAGUGAAUAUUAUACAAUAAUACUGUUUUAUUUAUGGGGGUAAUAAUAGGGAAUAUAAAUAUGACAACGCUAUGAAACAAAUAUUUUUAAGAUCUAUGCAUGCCUGGUUGCUGUAAUGGUGCUUUGCAUUUAUUGAUACUAAAAUUCAAAAUUAAAUAAUUACAUAUUAGUAUAGUAACAUACGUUCAAUUAGUUUUCAUUGAUCAAAAAAGCAAAUACAUAUCCUUUAUAGGGCUACGCAUCAUAUAACGAAAACUAAAUUUCAAAUGUCUAUUGAACUUAAAAUGUGUCAGACUGUUAUUGACACAUCAAAUUGUCUAUAUCUACAUAGAUAUAUAUGGUUAAAAAAACUUGUAUAAUAAAAGUUAUUUUAUAUGCAUCAGAAUUAUUUGAGCGACAACCUGAAUACAGAUAUCAUACACUUUGUAUACUUUCUUAUAUGUGUAUAGUUGGAAGUGUACAUCAGAAUUAGCACCGUUAAAACGCUACAUAUUGUAUGAAAAUUUCUUUAAACAAAUAAGUGAAAUAAAAUAUUAACUAAUUUUUUACAUAAAAAAGAAUAUUCUAAAAUAAUUAUGUGAAACUACCUAGAUAGAAAUUGCAUGAAAUCAUGCAGUCGACUUUUUGUGAACUAAAAGUUACAUGAAAUAAGCAACCCCUGUAAGUGUUAUAAGGAUUGUUAUUUGUAAUAAAAUUAUUUAAACAUA